AUGGCGGACGGAGGAGCAGCGAGUCAAGAUGAGAGUUCAGCACCAGAUGUUAAAGUGAAGUCAGAAACCACUAAAUGUGAAAUGGAAAGUGUUGACGGGAACCCCGGAAUCCAAACCAAUGGAUUGGACUUUCAGAGGCAGACGGUGCCAACCACAAUUGCUAACGCCCUUCCCCCCUCCUUCCUCCAACAGUCUAAGUCUGAAGACUCUGAUGCUCUUCCGACCUCCACCCAGCAGAGUGUAUUGCCUCAAACCCAGCUAAUGUUGGCCGGGGGACAGAUUGCUGGCUUGACACUGAACCCACAGCAGCAGCUGUUGCUUCAGCAGGCCCAAGCUCAGCUCCUGGCUGCAGCCAUGCAGCACUCAGCCAGCCAACAGAACAGCACCACUGGGGCCAACAUCUCUGCCUCUGCAGCCACACCCAUUACCCAGCUGCCCCUAUCACAGCCCAUCCAGAUUGCCCCCCAACUACAACCGCAAGGUAUAAGCCUGCCGCAGUUUGUCCUGGUUCAGCCUGGCCACCCGAUCGCUACACCACUGCAGCCCGCCCAGUUCAUCAUCUCACAGACACCGCAAGCCCAACAAGGCAUUUUGCAAGCCCAGAGUCUUCUUACUCAACUACCUCAAAGCCAAGCUAACCUUCAUCCGACUCAACCAAGCAUCACCCUUGCAACUCAGCCUGCAUCUCCAUCCCGCACCACAGCAGCCACAAAUAUUCAGACCCUGCCCCACAGUCAGACGCCACCUAAACGCUUAGACACCCCCACUCUAGAGGAGCCCAGUGAUCUGGAGGAACUGGAGCAGUUUGCCAAGACUUUCAAACAGCGGCGGAUCAAACUGGGCUUCACUCAGGGGGACGUUGGCCUGGCCAUGGGGAAGCUGUAUGGAAAUGACUUCAGCCAAACUACCAUCUCUCGCUUUGAGGCCUUGAAUCUGAGCUUUAAGAAUAUGUGCAAACUUAAGCCUUUGCUGGAGAAGUGGCUCAAUGAUGCAGAGAACCUGACAUCUGACCAGGCCUUGUCCAGCCCCAGUGCCCUGGGCUCUCCGAGCAUGGGCAUAGAGGGGAUCAACCGCAGACGGAAGAAAAGGACCAGUAUCGAGACCAACAUCCGAGUGGCCUUAGAAAAGAGCUUUCUGGAGCAGAACCAAAAACCUACCUCUGAAGAGAUCACAAUGAUCGCUGACCAGCUCAACAUGGAGAAGGAGGUGAUUCGGGUCUGGUUCUGCAAUCGCCGACAGAAAGAGAAGAGAAUCAAUCCACCCAGUAGUGGCAACAGUGGAGGAGGCAACACCCCUAUAAAAACCAUCUUCACCCCCAGUAGCCCUUUGGUGGCGAGCACAGCAAGCCUUGUAAGUCCAACUAUUAACACAUCCACCACUCUGACUGUAAACCCAGUGAUGCCUCUCACCAACACCAGCGUCUCCAAUGUGAAUUUCACAGGCACAACAGUUGGAGUUACAAACACUGCAUCUGUCAUUUCUACUGCACCCGUAGUUACGUCGACCAGCUCUCCAUCUGCAAGUCCGUCCACGACGAGCGUUCAGUCCACAGACGGCAAAGUUGGCAUGCAGACCAUUGUCACGCAUACUCCGACAUCUGUAGCUACAACGUUAGGGAUGGGUCAGGUGAUGGUGGCGUCUCCGGGGCUGUCUGCAGCGCUGCAGGGGGCUGCCCAGUUGUCCACCAGCUCCAGCUUUGCAGCCAUGGCAGCUGCUGCGGCGGGGCUCAACCCCAGCUUGAUGACAUCAUCCCAGUACGCUCCAGGAGGUGCCCUUCUCAGUUUGGCACCUGGGGGGCUCGGCAGUGCGCUCAGCCCUGCUCUCAUGAGUAAUAACACCCUGGCUACCAUUCAAGCACUGGCAUCAGGCGGCACAAUCUCGCUCCCGUCCCUGGACGCUAGUAACCUGCUGUUCGCCAACACUUCAGCUGCUAACACACCCAACCUGGUAACCACGCCGCUCUUCCUGAAUCCUCAGAAUCUGUCACUGCUCACCAGUAACCCCGUCAGCCUGGUGUCGGCCGGGACGGGUGGGCUCCAUGUCACCGCUGACGCCCAUCAUCCAGCCGCCUCUGCUGCCGUGCCUGUGCAGACGUCGACCAUUACCACUGCCUCCAAGGCUCAGUGAAGCCUCUCGGGCUGCGUCCUGAGUGAACGCUCGUUUCCUACGUUGAACACUACUCCUGUCACACUAUGUGGGGAUCAAUUUGAUGGUCUGAUAAAGGGUUUGUGCUUCACCACCCACUCCACAGUCUUUAACAUUGUAUCUAACGUAAUUUAAUCUUUGUGCUGCCACCAAAAAGAAA